CCCGUUAUUCUAGUGAUUUUAUCGAGGAUGUAGUGUCAGUCCUGCUCGGCGUCCCUCUGUUUGGAACUGUUAUGUUGGCAGAGCUGUAUAAUUUAGACAGUUUAAUUUUCAAAAGAGAUCGUGUUGUUUUAAGUUUGGGAUCGUAACGCGAUGAAAGGAUUUUCUUAAUGUUAUGAUUAUAUUUUUAAUAAUCACCUAAGGUAGGCUUCAUCAUAAAAUUCUUUACAAUAUCAAAGAAGAAUUAAGUUCCAGGUGUUUAUUUAGCAAGUUUUAAAUAUCUCUAAACAUUCAAGUCCGUUAUUUAAAUACCGUUGAUAUAAAGGAUCUCGAGUUUGACUUACCUGUUUAUUAAAACUCAAUGUGCUACAUAUUACAUGAGAAAGUAAUAGAAUAAUUUCCAUAAUGGGAAAUUACGUUUCCAAGUUUUUUCCUUAUAACCAUAUUAUGGAAAAAGAAGAAAUAAGAAAUGCAACUUCUGAAUUCAAAGAUGAAAUAAAUGCUGAACAUGAAAUUAUGCUCACUCCGCCAUUAAUUCCAAAAACACUACCAAUUGAUCCAAGAUCAAUAACAACUGGAAUAGAAAGAACACCGAUAGAGGUAGUCAAUUGCACUCCAGUUGGAUUAAAUAGAAGAAUAUCGGCGAUUCCAAAACACUUACAGAGUAAACCAUAUUUAGAAACAGAUAUGGAUAAAAUAAUGGCAUGUUUGACUCCAAAGAAACAUUAUCCAUCAAAAAUCUUAGAAAGUACAAAAUUACAGUUUCCAGAUAUGCCAAAUAUGAAUGAAAUAAACCUUUUAACACCGGUACUUAAUAAUGCAAAUAGUAAACAGAAAAUUUCACCUAUUCAGAAGGAAAGGUACAAAAUUUUAGGGAUCGAUCCUAGAUCUCCAGCUGCAAGUUUUGAUAGAACUCCGAUAUUAAUGCCAAAAUCUAUGGCACGUUUAAAAGCAAGGUCUAGAGAAGAUCUGCACAGACAAGGCAGCUAUGAUACAGAUAUGUUUUAUCCAAAAUUCUCGUAUUGUGAAAUGUCAUCAGAAUACAGUGUCCCUGAAAUACAAGCUUUACCUGAUCUGACUACAUGUACAGUAAAAUCUUUAGAUCUAAAUGAAACUGAGCACGAGGGUACAUCAAGCGAAUCUGAAUCAUCAGAUUCUAUUUGUUCAUUUGAAAUUGAAACAGUUCCUGAAAAUGGAGAGGAACCAUUAGAAAAUCAAAGUGAAAUUCAAAUCACUUUAAAACAGAAUAAUAGCAGUGAUGUAUAUAUUAAAAAAGAUGUAGAAUCUAAAGAAUUGAGCGUUAAUGAUAAUGAUACCAUUGAAAUAUGGGAAGAUACAGUGGUAUUAGAUAAUGAAGAUGUAAUUAUAACAUUUGAUGAUAAUAGCAUCACCAAGGAUAUGCUAUCAUUGAAACUGUCUAAAUCUGAAAAUGCUACAGUAAAAGGAGAUGCAGCUGUGAAAAGGAAGAAAGUCAAAUCAGAUAUUAAAAUGGAUGAAAAGAAAGUUUUCAGUUCUAAUGAUAAAAAUGAUAAUGAAUCUAUAAAGACUCGAACUCCUCUCGGAAAUCGUUCGAAUAAUGAGCAAAUGCAAACAUUGCUAACGAAAUCUCCGCAACAGAUAUUCAGAAAUAAAGGCAUAACUCCAAAAAUGUUACAGGAAAAUACGCCACCCCAUAAAAAGUAUGUUACAAAAUCUAAAUUGAAUGGUAUGCAAUGGGAUCCAGAUUCAACAGUUGUUAUUUAAUCGCUAUCAUUAUAGGUAAUAAAAAAUUAAAAUAUAGCCUGUCCUUUUUAUACGAAUUUUUAACAAGGGUUUAGGUAAUUGUAAAAAAAAG